AUGGACAAUAGGGACGAGAGCGUUGUCCGUGUGCAUCAUGACGCCAUCGGAGGAGAAGAGUGGCAGAUUGAGCACGCUAAAUUACACGAGAAGCAUCGUGGUCAUGAACAGAUGCACCUCGAAAUGAUGCUCAUCCUCGUGGUUACUUUGGUGGUCGCCCAGGUAUUUCUCGUUCAGUGGAAGAAACGACAUUUCAAGUCUUAUCAGUUGUGCACGCUUUUGGGUAUGUGGCUGAUACCUGUGUAUGUCUGCAUCACUCGCAGUUGGUACAGGUUUCUGAUGACUUGGCUGGUGUACACGAUUUGCUCUACAUGGAUAUGGCGAAAAUCCACAGAGGACCACAUACAUGGGUCUACUCCUAGAUUAGUCUAUAAAUGGUUUCUCUUUCUACAUAAACUCAGCUAUGUAUUGGGUAUCGCCGGAUACAUAGUGAUGGUAUUCACUCUGAUGGGUCUAAACCACAUAUUUGGCUUGCACUCUACAAGCUGUAUGGACGCAGGAAUAUUACUUCUUUUUUACGGUUUAUAUUAUGGUGUUCUUGGACGAGAUUUUGCUCAUAUUUGCACCGAUCGGAUGGCGUGUAAGAUUGGAAGUGGCGUGUGUGCUAUUUGUGAUAAUCGUCUAGUUGCGUCGAAUUUUGACGACAAGGAGGAAGAGGAAGUUGAAGAGAAGACCUACAGUUUCACAAUCGUUCAUUGCGAAACUUCCUUUUCACCAAACCACAGAGUGUCCUACGUUUUUACUCUGUUUAGCCUUUCUUGUGGACACGUUUUUCACGAAUUUUGCAUACGUGGAUGGGUUGUUGUUGGUAAACUACAAACAUGUCCUUACUGUAAGGAGAAGGUGGAUUUGAAAAGGAUGUUUAAGAAUCCGUGA